AUGGCCCCUCUGCGUCUAAGAGUCGAGGGACAGUCCUUCCGAGACCCUCACAACCGGGAGAUCACACUAAGAGGGAUAAACGUUGCGGCUGAUGCGAAGUACCCAAAGACACCGGACAUCCCCACAUACAUCGCCGAGAAGUUCUUUGACGCGGACAACGUCUCAUUCGUUGGACGGCCCUUUCCACUAGAAGAUGCUCACGUCCAUUUCAAGCGCCUUCGCAAAUGGGGUUAUAACACAAUCAGGUACAUCUUUACCUGGGAAGCCAUUGAACAUGCAGGACCGGGGGUGUAUGACGAUGAAUGGAUUGCAUUCACUAUAGAAGUCCUCCGGAUAGCCAAAAAGUACGAUUUUUGGGUUUUUAUGGACCCGCAUCAAGAUGUGUGGUCUCGAUUCUCAGGAGGAUCCGGGGCACCGAUGUGGACGCUCUAUGCAGCAGGGCUAAACCCAAAAACCUUCAAAAACACGGAAGCUGCCUUGGUUCAAAACACAUACGACAUCCCCGCGGAGUUUCCUAAGAUGAUCUGGAGCACAAAUUAUACUAGACUGGUUUGUCAAACCAUGUUUACCUUGUUUUGGGCUGGGAGGGACUUUGCUCCAAAGGCGGUCAUUGAUGGGGUGAACAUUCAAGACUAUCUCCAGAAACACUUUAUUGAUGCAUGUGCAUACUUGGCACGGCGGAUUCAUGAAGCAGGUGAUCUUGAUGGUGAAGUUAUCAUUGGCUGGGAAAGCAUGAAUGAGCCUCACCGUGGUAUUAUUGGCGUGCAAGACAUUUCAGUAAUUCCGCCGGAGCAGCAACUUCAACUUGGCACUUCACCGACAGCAUUUCAAGCAAUGCUGACCGGCUCAGGCAAGGCUUGUGAACAGACAACAUGGGCAUUUGGUAACUUUGGACCUUACAAGACUGGCACAAACCUGGUGGAUCCAGCAGGCGAGAUAGCUUGGUUGCCAGCUGAUCACGAUGAUAGCAAAUAUGGCUGGCAACGUGACCCUGCUUGGAAACUUGGAGAGUGUAUAUGGGCCCAGCAUGGAGUUUGGGACCCGUCCACAGACACCCUUCUACAGAAGGAUUAUUUCUCAAAGAAUCCUCUGACCAACGAGCCACUUGACUAUGAGAAAUUUACAAACUCGUAUUUCUUGGAUCAUUACCGAGCAUACAAAAAUGCCAUUCGAGGAAUAUGGCCCGACGCCAUAAUGUUUUGCCAGCCACCUGUUAUGGAGGUCCCGCCAGAUGUCAAAGGCACUACUGACGAUGAUCCAAACAUGGUCCAUGCAGUUCAUUACUAUGAUGGCUUAACUCUUCUAACAAAGCAUUGGAAUCGGUUCUACAACGUGGAUGUUAUUGGUGUUCUCCGGGGCAAGUACCUUACCCCUGCCUUUGCCCUUAAGAUUGGCGAGUCGGCUAUUCGCAAUUGUUUGCGUGAUCAGCUCAAAUUCCUCCGCGAUGAAAGCCGAAAUUACAUGGGUAGCCAUCCAGUGGUUUUCACGGAGAUCGGAAUUCCCUACGACAUGGACGACAAGUAUGCGUACAAGACCGGUGACUAUAGUAGCCAAACCAGCGCCAUGGACGCAAAUCAUUUUGCACUGGAGGGCAGCACUUCCAACGGCUUUACUCUGUGGGUAUAUGUCACACAAAACGACCACGAAUGGGGUGAUCAAUGGAAUGGAGAGGACCUCUCUAUUUAUUCCCGCGACGAUCUAGAACUGCCAGCAAGAUCCACCACUCGACUUCUUGAUCCUCAUUCCCCGGCUUACUCCGAAAGCCAGAGUAAUGUAGAAGAGCCAAAUGUUGGACCUUCUAAUCUCAAGGGUGUUUUGUCAACUCCUUCGAUAUCUAGUGACAACUCCCAGCCAUCCUCAAAACAGCAGCAAGGCUAUCGUGCUGCAGAGGCAUACAUCCGCCCAAGUCCAACAUACGUCAGCGGAAAGUUAAAUAGCCACGUUUUUGAUCUCCAGAACUGUGUGUUUACUCUAUCAUUGACGGCCAAAGGAGCAACCACUGCAAACGCCCCGACCGAAAUAUAUCUUCCCGAAUUCCAUUUCCCAGAGAGUGAUAUUAUUAUUGCAGUCAGCGGUGGCAAGUGGGACAUUGAUGUUCAAGACAUCCAGGGUGUCAAGGUACAGCACCUCCGUUGGUGGCAUGCCGAAGGUGAACAGGAUAUCAAGAUCGAGGGACUCAAGCGCAAGCCUGGAGAGUUUGCUAAUCCUGGCGGAGAAGAUAUCAGCUAUUUGGAACAAUGUCAGAAGGGCCAGUGUGCCAUUAUGUGA